CUCUCUUGUGUUGCCCAUUCACUACCAAUGUAUAUAUAACCUGUUCACACACCCCCUCCUCCAUAUAAAUUCUACAUGUCCGUGUCUCUUUCUCUCUUCUAUUACUAUUAGUAAUAUAUCUAUCUUUUCUUGCACAACCAAACUCGUCACUCUGUGGUAUUAAUUCAAUAUUCAUAGACUUCACUGUCUGAUUGUCUUUGUUUAAUACCAUAUAGGAUUCAUUAAGGAUUCUCUAAUGUUGGCACAAAUGGACAUGGAGGAGCUUGUCUCAUGUAACAACAACGAUGCCACCAACAUAGCCAAAGGGAAGCGCACAAAGCGGCGCUUGAGGCCUUUGUCUCCUUGUGCUGUUGUCGCUGCUACCACUAUCACCACCACCACCACUGCUAUCACCGCUAUCACCACCGUCAUGACAUCUAGCUGUUCAAGUGCUUCUGCCGGUGGCGGUGGAUCGUCUUCAUCCACCACCUUUGAGGAGGAAGAGGAAGACAUGGCUAAUUGUUUGAUUCUCCUAGCACAAGGAAGAGUAGGACGGGACCCUCCUCAUCAUCACAAGGACCUAUGUGGUGAUGUCAAGACAGAGAAGGGUAGCACCAAAGUUGAUCAUUUAUAUGUUUAUGAGUGCAAAACAUGCAGCCGAACAUUCCCUUCUUUUCAAGCACUAGGUGGCCACAGGGCAAGUCACAAGAAGCCCAAGAUGGAGGAGAAAAAGUUGUUAUCACCACCACUGUUAUUGCCACCACUGCCAGCUUCGUCUUCGUCACUAUUUAAUUUUGAGGAAGCAAAACAAAGUCACAUGAAGAAUAUUAUUAGCCCUUCUGUCUCCCUUCAAUUAGGGUGUGGCAUUAACAAGGUUGGUUUAAAUUUCCAUGGCAACAAGUCCAAGAUUCAUGAGUGUUCCAUCUGUGGGUCAGAAUUCACAUCAGGGCAAGCAUUGGGUGGUCACAUGAGGAGGCAUAGAGCAUCUAACAAUAAUAACAAUAUUGUUCAGACAACAACAACAACAACAACUACUUCUAAUGGUGCUGUUGAUGUUAAGCCUCGGAAUGUUCUAGAGUUGGAUCUUAACCUUCCGGCGCCGGAGGACGAUCUCCGGGACUCGAAGUUUCAGUUUCCGGCGAAUCCGAAUUCUAUGAUGCUGUCGGCUGCUCCGGCUUUGGUGGGAUGCCAUUAUUAGAAACCAGGGUGGGAAUUAGAUGGAGAGGGGGGAAAAGUUAUAUUAUUUGAUUAAUGAUCAUUGUGAAUUAUUUAGCUUUAUUUUAAUUUACAAUUAUUCUUAAUUAUC